CACUGCGGCUUUGGGAGACUGGGGUAGGCGGAUCUUAGGUAGAGACGCGAGUUGUCAGAGUUUUGAUAACCUCGCGGGUGUGAAAGGAGCCUGUGUUCUUCCCGGCGGCUUCGGAACCAAGUUCAGCAGCGACCGGGGCGAGAGUCGGAGUCCGGGCGAGGCAUGUCCCGGGGGCAGCGUUGUGGGCAGUGAAGCGCGCGGUUGCCGGGAUGGGCCGGCGCCGGGCGCCGGAGCUGUACCGGGCCCCGUUCCCGUUGUACGCACUUCAGGUCGACCCCAGCGCGGGGCUGCUCAUCGCUGCGGGCGGAGGAGGCGCAGCUAAGACAGGCAUAAAGAAUGGCGUGCACUUUCUGCAGCUUGAGCAGAUUAAUGGGCGCCUGAGCGCCUCCUUGCUACACUCCCAUGACACGGAGACACGGGCCACCAUGAACUUGGCACUGGCUGGUGACAUCCUUGCUGCAGGGCAGGAUGCCCAUUGUCAGCUCCUGCGCUUCCAGACCCACCAACAGAAGGGCGACAAGAAGGCAGAGAAGGCAGGUUCCAAGGAGCAGGGGCCUCGACAAAGGAAAAGGACUGCCUCAGCACAGCAGAAAUCUGGAGCUGAAACCCACCGUGAGGGGGUAGAACUCAGUGUAGAGAAUUUGCAGGUGGUGCAGACAGACUUCAGCACGGAUCCACUACAGAAAGUUGUAUGCUUCAACCACGAUAAUACCCUGCUUGCCACUGGAGGGACAGAUGGCUACAUUCGUGUCUGGCAGGUACCUAAUCUGGAGAAAGUUCUGGAGUUCAAAGCCCACGAAGGGGAGAUUGAGGACCUGGCAUUGGGUCCUGAUGGCAAGUUGGUCACUGUGGGCUGGGACUUUAAAGCCUCAGUGUGGCAGAAGGAUCAGCUGGUGACACAGCUGCACUGGCAAGAGAAUGGACCCACCUUUUCUAACACGCCUUACCGCUACCAGGCCUGCAGGUUUGGGCCGGUUCCAGACCAACCUGCUGGGCUGCGACUCUUCACAGUGCAGAUUCCCCACAAGCGCCUGCGCCAGCCCCUACCCUGCUACCUCACAGCCUGGGAUGGCUCCACUUUCUUGCCCCUUCGGACCAAAUCCUGUGGCCAGGAAGUCAUCUCCUGCCUCAGCGUCAGUGAAUCGGGCACCUUCCUAGGUCUGGGCACGGUUACCGGCUCUGUCGCCAUCUACAUAGCCUUCUCUCUCCAGCGCCUCUACUAUAUAAGGGAGGCCCAUGGCAUUGUGGUGACAGACUUGGCCUUUCUACCUGAGAAGGGUCGUGGUCCAGAGCUCCUUGGGUCCCACGAAACCGCCCUUUUCUCUGUGGCUGUGGAUAGUCGUUGCCAGCUGCACCUGCUGCCCUCACGGCGGAGUGUUCCUGUAUGGCUGCUGCUGCUGCUGUGUGUCGGGCUCAUUAUUGUGGCCACCCUGCUGCUCCAGAGUGCCUUUCCAGGCUUUCUUUAGCCUCCCUGCUCCCCUGGAAUCGUGGGUCUGGACACUGUCACCUUUUAGACCAUAGAGUGGAGGCCUGGACUCCCAUUGCCUCCAAAGCUGAUGUGGCCCCUGAUGAGACUGAUGGGUACUGCCCACCUUUCGCAGUUAGAGCUGGGCUGUGGCCUUGUGACUCUAGGUCCUGGGAACCCUGCAUUCAUCAUCUGAGAAUCAACCCAGGAUGAUGGUGUCAGAAGCCCCAGCCUUACUACUUGCCCCUCCUCUGCCCACCAGAGGCUCCAGAGUCAAGCUUGUCCUUCUCUGGAAAUGUGAAGAUGCCCAAGAGCCUGGAGGCACUGCUGUCCUUACUAUAGAAACAAUGAGUUUCUCCCCUCCCUGUCACUGUUUUGUGCUAGUUUGCUGGCAUUUGCUGAGUCAAGGACUGGCCUAGGACUUGCUGUUAGGGAAGGAAAGGGCCAAAGAAAAGCCCAGGUAGGAAUCCAGCUGGGUUAGCUCCAAGCCAGUUAGGCUAAAGAUGCAGUAAGUUCCUGGAGAGUCUACCACAGCCUUGAGGAAAAGGAAAAUGAACCUUAGCCUGUUGGGCAGGAAAAGUUGAUAUUUAAUAAACAAGGGAAGACUGACCUAAGGCCCCAAA